AUGACAUAUCUGGCCGACUAUACAUCGGUAUUCCGAGUUCGGCUCGGAAAUAAGGAUGGAACCGGAAUUGGUGGCAGCGGCAGCAGCAGUCAGAGAGGGGAUCAGCAAGCAGACCUAUCUGGCGUGAGCAGCUUGACGGGGGGACAAGGGUCGUCGUUGUUGACAGCACGGCGGGCGCAAGAACGGACGCGAGCGCGUCCAGUGGUGAGCUGUCACGCGUGUCGGACACGCAAGCAGAAGUGUGACCGUCUGCUGCCGUGCAGGACGUGCAGACGACGGGGUGAUGAGGCGCUGUGUCGGUACGACAGCGACAGGGUAGAAGGCGUGACAGACUGGCCGGCGUCGCAGUCGUCGGGAGGGGGAAGGAGUGACAGCAUCGGCGAGGUGGCAGCGGUGCGACAGGAGACGCAGGUGCAGCUGCAGAAGCUGGAGAUGCUCGUGAACGGCAUGGUGGCUCGAUCGGAGGCCGAGGACGGUAAGGGGGGUGGGAAGAGAGGCGGCAGCAGGAGGAGACGAACGAGCAACGCAGCCAGAGGCGUGGCGACAGAAGGGAGCUACGACCAGGAGCAGCGGGAGCCGAGAGAGCGAGAGGAGCAACAGCGACAGCGACAGAAAGAGGCACAGAAAGAUUUUGACCAACAUGACCAACAAAACCUCUUCCCGGUGACUGAUAUGACUGGCGAGAUGCCUGGGGCAACCAACUGGGCAACAGUGCUGGACAGCAUCCGGGAUAUCCAGAGCUACCUGGGCAACACGGGCUCGGACGAGAAGACGGACGAGGCACGAAUGGGACAGUCGCCCCGGGUGCAGCCACAGGUGGCGAUGCUGGAAGAGGCAGAGUCGGACAUUAUCUUUGCGACGACGACAGGGGGAAGAAGCGGGAGCGGACAGGGCGGACGAUUUACGGCAGCAUCAGCAGCAGGGGAGCUGCCGGGACGGCAGGAAUGCGACCGGCUGCUGACAGAGUACUUCCAGGCGCGCUUCAUGAGGCAGCCAUUUGUGCACGCAGGACACUUCCAACGGACGUACUCGCGUUUCUGGGCGACAGCGUCGGCGUCGGGAAUCUGCGGCGGGUCCCCAUUUCUGUGGCUCAGCAUGCUGGCAUCGACGCUGAGCAUUGCGGCAACGAUCACGGGGACGCGACAGGACAACUGGCUGCCCGAGAGAGAGAGGAGAGGAGGAUUGGGGGACGAGGAAGAGGAAGGCAGCAAUGCAGACCUGGCACUGGCGGCACGGCUGCGACGGCUGUCGACGCGCUGUCUUCUGGCGGGCGACUACCUGACAGCACAACCGCUAGUAGUGGAGGCGCUGCUACUCAACGCAUUGACACGGUUGGUGCAGCGUCGCGACGCCGACCCAGCGCUCUGGGGGACAUUUUGUGUGGCGACACGACUGGCGCAACGGAUGGGCUACCAGCAGGUGGACGGCGGCAGGGUCGGAGGCUGUGGCCGCAGUCUACUGACGCCAUUUGAGAAGGAGAUGCGGCGGCGGACAUGGUAUGUGGUCGAGGCCUACGACAUGCUCUACAGCUUCCAAUUCGGCAUGCCGGCCAUUGUGCACGAGGCCGACACAGCGACAGAUCUGCCACAUAACCUGCGCGACGACGACUUUGACGAGUUCUGCGCGGAACUGCCACCUGACCGGCCGGUAUCCGAUGCAUCCGUGGCCCUAUACCACGCCUUGAAGCUGCGGUACAUCCGGCUGUUGCGCCGUGUGGUCCGGCUGACGGGACGGGGGGGCGGCGAUGCUGAGUCAGCUGAGUCAGCAGACUCUCUGGACCGCCUGGCGGCCGAGCUGCACGCCGUCUACGGCAGCCUGCCGGCGCACCUGCAGAUGCCAUGCCGUAUUCGCGACUGUCCGUUCAGCGAUACGAGCCACGACGUCAUGAACCGGCUGGUGCUGGACCUGCUCUAUCACAAGGCCAUCUGCAUGCUCUUCCGACAGGCGUUGACGCGUGACAGCCGGACGGCCUCGCAGUCGACGCGCCAGCACCGCCGCUGCUGUCUGGUCUCGGCCCUGCGCAUCCUCGACUUGCACAUAGACUUUGAGAUGGAGACGCGGCCGGCGAGCACGGCACCAUGCGGAACCGGCCGGCUGGCCACUGACCGCCACAUGUUUGGCAGCGUGGCCCUGCAUGAUUUUCUGCUGGCUGCCACCAUCCUCUGUCUAGACCUGAUGGAGGGACAGGAGGACCAGGAGGAUGGGUCGGAAGUGCUUGCCAGUACACACUCCGAUAAUUCGCUAGAGCAGCGCGCCGACGACCGCGACGCCAAGCUGUCGGCCCUGCGCGGUGCCUUUGCCCUCUGGAACGACCGCCGGCUGACGUCACGUGACGCUGCUCAUGCUGCUCGUGUGCUGGGUGCCAUUGUGCGGAAGCUGGAGGAAGCUGACAGGCCAAAGGGCGCGUCUGCAACGACGUCUCCUACCACCCUCUCCCAUAUGCCAACACACAUGACAUACGACUGGGCCGACCCCGGACCUUUUGACGCGGUGCUCAAUGGCCCCUACAACCUGGACUGGUAUGCAAUCGACUCGUUUUUGCUGGACCGUCAGCCAGAAGCUGACGUGGGCAGCAUGUUGUGGUCGGCCGACCUGAUGGCGCUGGAGAACGAUUGA